AUGAGUACAACACCUAUCCCGGAUCCACCGAAAUGGUGGUACCAGCGCUGGUGGUGCAUUCUCCAAGGUCUAAAAGGUAUUAACGGAAGCACAUUAACUGAGCAAGACGUUCCUCGCAAAGACAUGCGCGGAAAAUGGGUGAUAAUAACAGGCGCAAACAAUGGAAUCGGAUUCGAAGCCGCGAAAACAUUCGCAACGUGGGGCGCAAAUAUAAUCAUGGCCUGCCGAGAGCCCCCGAAAUGGGAAACGCAUCCGUCCGAAGCAGUAGAGCACUGCUUGGAUCUGGCCAAAUCUUCCGGCCAUUCAUCCACGAUCGAAUGGUGGCCCAUCGACAUGACGGUGCUAGCCAGCGUGGAUGAAUUUGCAGAAAGAUGGCUUGCGACAGGUCGAGCUUUGGAUGUGUUAUGCAAUAACGCCGGGAUCGCUCCUCAUUGCACUGAUCAGUCAAUGACUAAAGACGGGUUUCAGAUAGUGCACCAGGUCAAUUUCCUCUCUCAUACACUCCUGGCAUUCCGGAUCCUUGAUUCUCUGGCCAGAAGUGCCGAGCCACGGAUUGUCUGCACAACUUCAAACUUGCAUUUCUUCGGCAAGUUGGAAUUUGAAAAGGAGAACCUGCCCGUGGCUAAACAAAGAGGUCCUUAUGAGAACAACAAGCUCUACUACCAAAUCUGGAUUGCGGAAAUGCAUCGCCGCCUUGUUUCAAGUGAUAAAUAUAGACAUAUCACCAUCAACGGUAUCCAUCCCGGAUUCGUUAAUUCGGGUAUCUGGAAUUUCUCAGAAAAGAAUCAGGGAUCGUGGCAUGAGACUAUCUUCAAAUUCUUCACUGGAUACCUGACUAUUACCUCAGAGCAGGGUAGUUUCGCUAUUGUCAAUGCGGCUACUAGUGCUGAGUUUGGACCGGAUCCAGAGGUUCAGGGUCGGGGUGAGCCUGGGGCAAAAGGGGGAGGCAAUUAUAUCAAUCGGAUCUGGAAAGCGACUCCGAUGCCUUUUGUUGAUGAUGCUGUGACAAGGUUGCGGAUUUGGAAUGGGGUUGCUACAGAGCUGCGAGCGGCUAGAGAAAAGCUUUAUGUUCUCGAUGAGCUUGAUGCUGAAGGCGUAUAA